UUGUUAUUGUUUUGGUUCUAAAUUAAAGGCGGGCCAGAAAACUUCGAUCGCGUAGGAAAAUAGAUUUCUUUUAUGGCGUUCUUGGUGGAUUUCAACUACCAGAUCGAGGAUUUCUCUAUGCCUGACAGUGAUGUUUAUGGUGAAUGCGAAGACUGUGGCAGGAUCACAGCAGAAUGGCAACUAGAUCAGUGUCAGUACGGGUUUUGUGGACGCUUCACUUGUCGUAGUUGUGGAUUUCGUUGUGUUCACUGCAGGGAUCUCAACCCAAGAUCAGUAGCACUUUGUCAAGUACAUUCAAAUAUUGCCUUUCCAUUCUGUAAUGAUUGUAAUAAACGGUAUUGUGAUGAAUGUACAGACAUCGAAGUCAAAAAGUGUUUCAUGUCUGAACGACAUGUGCAAUAAGUGCCUGGAAAAGGAUGCAAGCUGGGACAGCAAUUCUUCAAAGUGUGGUAAAUGCAACAAAAAAGCCCUAAGGUCCUUACAAGAUAUCUGUCGCACUACAAUAAGGUCAUCUAUAGCUACAGUACAAGAAAACUC